UCCUCCAUGGCGCUGGAGGAUUUGCGCCGCCCUCUCGCCAAUGCGGCCGGCGAGCGAUCGCAAGAACAGCAGCAGGCCGAUCACGCAUGCUCCAGGGGCGUCCAGGCUGGGCCAUGGAUGGACAAUGUGAACGAGAUGAAGCGCGUGUGUGGCCUCUCGGCGCCGAAUAUGGCUGUGAAUCUCUUCGACAUGGGGAUUGUGCUUGUUUCGCUGCUUUUUGUGGGGCGAAUUGGCGAGUUGGAGCUCGCUGGAGCAUCGCUUGCCAUCACCAUGGCUAACAGCCUUGGAUAUUUUGUCCUGAUGGGAAUGGCUGGAGCGCUCGAGACACUGUGCGGGCAAGCUUACGGAGCCAAGGCAUAUCACAUGCUAGGCAUUUAUCUCCAACAGGCUGUGGCACUCUCGAUCAUCCUCUGCAUACCGUUGUCGACCCUCUUCAUUUUCACUAGAAGGAUUUUGCUGCUCCUGGGACAGGAUCCUGCCAUGUCUGCUAAAGCCAAGGAUUUCAUCGUGUGGCUGAUUCCCAGCCUCUUUGCCAACGCGUUUGUCCAGCCUCUGCUCAAGUUCUUACAGACACAAGGUGUGGUCAUUCCUUCGGCUAUUUUCUCCGCGGUUUCGUUCGGUGCUCACAUCCUGCUGUCGUGGUUAUUCAUACACAAGUUCCACGUCGGGUUUCACAGUGUGGCCAUCUCCACCAGCAUUUCUUUCUGGAUAAAGGCCGCUCUACUAGCGCUGUACGUCUGCUGUAGCAAGGUCUGCAAGCACACUUGGAGAGGCUUGUCCACUUGUGUGUGCACAAACGUGAAUCACUUCCUCAAGCUUUCACUGGUCUCGGCUUUCAUGGUUUGCUUGGAAUACUGGACUUUUGAGAUGCUGGUCCUCUUGGCUGGGCUUCUUCCAAAUCCACAGAUAGAGGUCUCAACACUAUCAAUAUGCAACUCCAUGGCGACGUUCAACUACAUGAUCACUCUUGGACUGAGCUUAGGCGUAAGCAUCCGUGUUUCCAACGAGCUGGGAGCAAGGAACCCCUCCGCAGCAAAGCUGGCGGUGUUCGUCGUCCUCGUGCUCGCCACCGCCGAAGUCUUCAUCGCGGCAGCGUUCCUGCUCAUGGUUCACAAGAGCUGGGGGUGGGUCUUCACAAACGAGUCGGAAGUUGUGGACAACCUCACUUCCAUCACUCCGUUUCUGGCACUCUGGAUACUCAUUGAUGGCACGCAGUGCGUACUUCAAGGUGUGGUGCGUGGAUGCGGUCGCCAAAACCUGGGCGCUAUCAUCAACUUGGCAGCCUUUUACCUCUGCGGCCUUCCAGUGGGAGUGCUUUUGGGAUUCACCUUCAAGUUUAAAACCAAGGGGCUCUUGGCUGGGACAACAGUGGGAUUCUUCCUCCAGCUCGUGCUCUACCUCAUUCUUAUACUUCGCAUGGACUGGAGAAGGCAGGCUGUGAGCGUCAGCCAAACUUUGGACACCAGGUCUUUAACUCUCAAGUGACAGAGAUCUCUGUUAUCAUCUUUAUUACCAUCUGGAAGGUAAAGAAAGAAAUCUUAACGCAAAGUUUAUCAUCU